GGGUCAGGGGUAGUAAAUUCUGGAAGAGGACUUUGAUGAUGAUUGACAGUUCCUCCAGACCGUUCACUCCAACACAGUCUCGUGCAGUCACAGACCGCUUGUCUGGUGUCAUUGCGUGGGAUUCCAGCAGUGGCAAGACAACUGGCAGUGCCCACUGGCCCAUUCAUCCAGUCAGCCAACAAUAACAACAAUCAUGCAUCCACUAAACAAACUAAGCCGACAAUCAACAAUCCUGAGCCAAUAAUGGCAAUAACUGGCGGGCGGCGGAGGAAUCACAGCUACCGAGGGACUGCCCAAGUGGACUGUGCACUGCGCUUCUGCGGGGAAGUGGGCUGCCUGUUCGUUUGCUUGCAACAGGGGAUUUUUCUUUUCAAUUUUGUUCAUUUCUGUCAUAUUGUGAUACAGUCACUGCAACCGUUUAUUGUUUGUCAGAUACCUCUGUUUCCUGUUCAACUGCUACGGCAUGUCGGUCGUACGAUGAAGGACCCGACCAGCAUCCCCCCCGGCUUCUGGGGGAAUCUGUCCACUCUGCAGGAAUCGCGUCUGCAGCAGCUCUGGACCCUCCUGCUGCACCUGGCAGAGGCCUCAUCGCUCGGCGCUCUCGAGCAGUUUGUCCGCGUCAAUAGCCUCGAACCCGUCCGCACCUCGCUCUCCUCGCUGUCCUCCCGCUCCCAGCCCAACAGUCGCCGCAACUCGCUCUUCUCUCGCGCCGAGGGGACCAUCGUCCGUAGAGGCAGUCGAGCCUCUGUCUCUGUCCACCAUUCCCGCCUCCUCCAGACCUUUCGCGACGUCGGCUUAUCCUCUACCCAGGUCCGCAAUGUGCGUCGCUUCCUCGCCGUCCUGUCGCCCGAGGAUAUCCGCUUCGGGGUCCUGACUGCGGCGAAACAUGAACACCCAGACGUUUAUCUCUUGAGGUUUCUGCGAGUGUCCAAGUGGGAUGUGAACCAGGCGCUCGUUCACCUUUUGAACGCGACCGUGUGGAGGCUGAAGGAGAUGCAGGUGGAUAAUGUGCUGUUACCGCGCGGCGAACUGUACGCUGCGCAGAACGAGCAGGAUCUCUCAAAUCAAUAUACCGCUGGCGAGGCGACAGGGUUUCUGAAACAACUUCGAGUUGGAAAGGGCUUUGUACAUGGUGUUGACCGUAUGAGUCGGCCCAUCGCUGUGGUGCGCAUACGCUUCCACCGGCCAGGAGAGCAGAGCCAGGAAGCUCUGAACCAGUUUAUUACGCAUGUUGUUGAGAGUGCCCGGCUGCUUCUAAAACCACCUAUUGAGAGUGCGAUGGUUUUGUUUGACAUGACGGGCUUCUCGCUGGCCAACAUGGAAUACGCCCCAGUCAAAUUUAUAAUCCGCUGCUUCGAGAUAUACUACCCCGAGUGUCUCGGCGUACUCCUCAUCCACAACGCUCCGCGGGUAUUCACAGGCGUCUGGAAAAUAAUCAAACCCUGGAUCGACCCCCGCCUCGUCGAGCGAAUCCACUUCACAUACACAGUGCAAGACCUCGAGCAAUACAUUGACCGCGAUCAAAUCAUCUCCGAGCUCGGCGGUAACGAAGACUGGGAGUACGAGUAUCUCGAGCCCGAAGCAGACGAGAAUAGCGCCAUGAAUGACUACGCAGCCCGCGACACCCUCCUCGCCGAGCGACAAUCCAUCGGCGAGGAAUUCCUGUCCGCAACGUCCCGCUGGAUAGAAGCCUCUAGAACGGGAAGUGUGACGGACAUACAGGAGGCGGUUGCGCACCGCGAGGAAGUUGUCGAGCAGAUCCGGCUGAAUUACUGGGAUCUGGACCCGUACGUGCGCGCGAGGAAUAAUCUGGAUCGCACGGGGGUUAUUCAGGAGGGUGGGCUUAUUGAUAUGUAUCCUGUGCCGAAGCAGCCGUUGCCUGUGGCUGUUCAGAUUCGGACCGCGAAGGUUCUCCAGGUUGCGCAUGUGCAGAGGGCGCAGGUGAAGAUUGUUAAUGUUUGAUGGAUGGAUGGAUAUGAACUUGUCAUGAGGUUAUGAUUCUGCCGUGUACUUACUAGCGAUGUUCUGCUUGUAUGAUAUCUUGUUUUAUGGUGAGAUAGUGAAUAAUAUAGUGAUUGUUGUAUCAAAGCGCAAAUACAUUAGAUAUUGGUCAGGA